AUGAGGCUGACUUUGGUGCUCCUUUUCUGCAUUUCAACAGCUCAAGCAAUAGUUCUUGAUUAUCAGGAUGAGAUUGAGACUGAUGGAUCUGAAGAAUCAGAACCUGAGGCUGGAAGCUUAGAAUUAGAUCCCCGUGGACAUAGACCUGAUAAUCAUGGGCAUAGACCUGUAACUCAUGGCACUUACACAGGCGGAAGUUCUUCUGGAGUUAGUUACAGAAGAAGACAAACUUUCAGACCCACUCCUGCUACCUAUCGAGCCGCAGUUCCUGAAGACAAAAUACAUCAGGAGCAAGGAGGGUGCAAACAUCUCAAUGAAGAUUGGGGAGUGCUGUGCCCAAAUGGCUGUGAACUGAGGACUGGUCUUUUGAAGGUGGAACAAAAUAUGAACCCAACCAUUGAAAACUUAAAACUGCAAGUUUCAAAUCUUACUAGGUUUACAAAUAUAAUUCACCUUUAUGUGGACAGGGUAGAUCACGAGAUGCAGCAGAGACAAGCACAAUUCACAGGUAAUAACGACAUAGUGGAUUCAUACAAUUCAGAGUUGGAAGACCGUUUUACAUUAAUAAAAGAAAAGGUAGAGAGAACACUUCCCUUAAACAUCCGCCUGAUGCGUUCUCUUGUGGAAAGUUUCAAAAUGAAACUACAAACGCUUGAGCGAGCAGUACUGACACAGAAAGAAUACUGUAAGCGCCCAUGUACAGUUACCUGUAAUAUACCAGUGGUAUCAGGCAAAGAAUGUAACAGCAUUUAUGAGAAAGGUGGUAGAACAUCUCAACUAUAUUUAAUCCAGCCAGAUUUAUACAAAGCGCCCUACAAGGUUUACUGUGACAUGACAACAGAAGAAGGAGGAUGGACACUGAUUCAAAAUAGACAGGAUGGUAGCAUUGACUUUGGCAGAUCCUGGGAUGCCUACAAAAAUGGAUUUGGUAACAUAGCAUUUGAUGUGGGAAAAGGCUUUUGCGAUACUCCAGGUGAAUAUUGGCUUGGAAAUGAUCGAAUCAGCUAUUUGACAAAACUGAAGGAUACAGAGCUCCUUUUUGAGAUGCACGACUGGGAGAAUAAUGCAUUAAAUGCUCAUUAUAAAAAAUUCACGGUACAAAAUGAAGUAAAUAAAUACCGAAUGUCAGUCGAGGGCUACUUUGGUACGGCUGGCAAUACACUUAUGGAAGGGGCUAAAAUGCUCCAUGGAGACAAUCGAACAAUGACAAUUCAUCAGAACAUGAAGUUCAGUACAUAUGAUAGAGACAAUGAUGCAUGGGAGCCUGGAAACCCAACCAAACAAUGUGCUAGAGAAGAUGGUGGUGGCUGGUGGUAUAAUCGGUGUCAUUCUUCAAAUCCAAAUGGUAGAUAUUAUUGGGGUGGAGAGUAUACAAAAGAAGUGGCAAAACAUGGCACAGAUGAUGGAAUUGUGUGGAUGAACUGGAAAGGAUCAUGGUAUUCUAUGAAGAAGAUGAGCAUGAAAAUCCGGCCGGUGUUCUCAAAUAUACCAGGACAAGGAGCAGGACAAAUCCCUCAAUCAUUCCUUGACAAAUCAUAG